AUGAUGAAGUUCCUCGCCCUUGCCGGCCUGGCCACCUGCGUCGCGUCGGUGGCAGGCUCCGGGCCCGCUGCCGACGAGGUCCGGGCGGAAAAGCGCGACGUCAAGGGCGCCUACAUCCCCACCAAGGCGCCGUACGACAAUCUCUGGAACAAGGUCACCGACGCCGAGGAGAGGGAUAUUAUGGAAUUCAUAAACCGGGAGAGAGAUGUUUCCAUGUAUGCGUCAAACCACAUUGUAAAUUUCUGUGACGAUCAAUUUGCUGACUGGAACCGCAGCCCCUUGGGAUUCAACUUUGUCCGGUCCACAAUCUGGCUGCUGGCCCCGAACAAGACCGAGGCAAGCCUGUACUUGUCAGGCAAAGGCGAGAAGCCAAAGCGUUAUGCCCGUAUCAUGGGCGACGGUGACUGUGUCGCGCGCGAGUACAUGGUCGGGCCUCUGCCCGUCAGCAACGCGACGAGAGCCACGCCGCUCGACUACCUGUACCGUGGAAACGCAACGUUGGUGAGCAAGUCGGCUUGGUGUAGCUCCUCCAGCAGCAGCAGCAGCAGCAGCAGCAGCAGCAGCAAGGUGCGUCGCGAGGCAGCCGAGGAGGCUCGCGCCAGCAGGGAGAAGAGGGCUCUGGAGCGUCGCGAGCCCUACAACCCCUACGACGAAAAGAUGGGCUGGAACGGCGACAAGCUGCCGCACGACGACCAGGCACCUCCGGUGGCCAUCCUGCCGGACGGCGCGCGUCACGAGUUCGACCCGGACCAGAACUACGUCUCGUGGAUGGACUUUACGUUCUACGUCGCCACCGGGCGCGGCGGGAUUUCCGUGCACGACAUCCGCUACAAGGGCGAGAGGGUCGUGUACGAGCUGGCCAUGCAGGAGGCGCUCUCCCACUACGCCGGCCCCGACCGGGCGCAGACGUAUGCGUCCUACAUCGACGUGACCAUCGGCUUUACCGCUUUCAACCUGAUCCCCGGCUUCGACUGCCCGUCCUACGCCACGUACACCGACGCCUUUUGCCUGUUCGAGUUCCCCAAGGACUUCCCCAUGAACCGGCACUACAACCGGCAGUACAAGUCGUACGACGCGACCAGCAACACGGCGUUCGUCCUGCGCAGCGUCAGCACCGUCGACAACUACGACUACAUGACCACGUACGAGUUCCGCCACGACGGCUCCAUCGAGGUCAUCGUGCGCGCCUCGGGCUACAUCCAGGGCUCCAGGGCGGUCGACGAGGAGGACGCGUGGGAGUACGGGUUCCGCAUCCGCGAGAACCUCUCGGGCUCGAUGCACGACCACGUGCUCAACUUCAAGGCCGACCUCGACAUCCACGGCACCAACAACAGCCUGUUCAAGACGCAGUUUGUGCCCCACCAGCAGGUGUACCCCUGGUCCAACGGCGCCGUGGUCAACACGAUGAAGGCGGAGCGCAGCUUCGUCGCCAGCGAGGACCAAGGCAAGAUCAACUGGGCCCCCAACGCCGCGGCGUCCUACGCGGUCGUCAACAGGGACAAGCCCAACGAGUUUGGCGAGUACCCGGGCUACAAGAUCUACCCGUCCACGGGCUCGAGCAUCCACGUCACGGUGCAGAACUCGACCGUGUUCCCGCGCGAGAUCAACUGGGCCACGCACCACCUGUACGCCCUCAGGCGCAAGGACUCGGAGCCCGUGGCCGCCCACCCCGUCACCGCCUGGGACAAGGGCAAGCCGCCGUUUGUCGACUUCAACGACUUCUUCGACGGCGAGUCCCUGGACCAGGAGGAUCUGGUCGUCUACUUCAACCUCGGCAUGCACCACAUGCCCGACACCUACGACCUGCCCGUCACCGUGUUCCAGGGCGCCCAGUCCGGCAUGACGCUGCGCCCGCAAAACUACCAGCGCAGCGACGGCUCGCUCUCCACCCGCCAGCAGAUCCACUUUGACACCACCGAGGUCAACAAGUACGGCCGGGAGGAUCUCAAGGGGUCCUAUGACCUGGCACAGGCCAACCCUCCCUUUUACCCUGGACUUGACACUGCCCUGUAA